GAUCCAACCCUAACCCGACUCCGACCCCCUCUCUCUACAUACCCCAACUGACCAAGACGACUCCCAUACCUGUCUCCUAGCUCCUCAUCUAUUCUUCUUCUUCUUCUUCUCCCCCAAACCUUCAACAACACCCCCACAAACACACACAAAAGCUUCCCCAACCUAAUUGAGAGUACUGAGGCUAAGAAACAUGGCAAGUUCAGCUCCAAUCCGGCGGGUGACACCAGAAAUCUGCUCAUUCUCGCCAUCUUUCUGAUGAAGCUAGUUGCAGUAACCAAGGUCAGGAAAGCAGGAAAGCAAAGCUCAAAAAGAGAGACACAGCCCCAGAAACCAGAACUAGGUUAUUUGUAUUUGAGUAAUCAAUUAAAAGCAUAGAAUUAUGGACGCCCAUUCUCUUCCUCCUCCUUUCCACACUAGAGAUUUUCAGCUCCAUCACCAGCAACAGCAGCAGCAGCAUCACCACCAGUUUCACCACCAGCAGCAAAACUCAGAAGACGAGCAAACCGGAAGCAGCGGCCUGAACAAGGGAACCAAAAGAGAGCGAGAUAUCGACAACAACAACAACAACGACAGUGGAAAUGGAGAUGAAGGCAGCAAAGAGCUGAACAUCACUGUAUCCGGGGAUGGAUCAGAAAUGACAAGAAGACCGAGAGGCAGGCCAGCCGGGUCCAAAAACAAGCCGAAGCCACCCAUCAUCAUUACUCGAGAUAGUGCUAAUGCUCUCCGCACCCAUGUCAUGGAAGUCGCCGAUGGGUGCGAUAUUGUGGAGAGUGUUGCCACCUUUGCUCGCAGGAGGCAGAGAGGCGUCUGCAUUAUGAGCGGCACGGGGACUGUCACUAACGUGACCCUCAGGCAACCGGCAUCCCCGGGUUCGGUAGUGACUUUACACGGCCGAUUUGAGAUCUUGUCACUAGCUGGGUCCUUCCUACCACCUCCAGCGCCGCCUGCCGCGACUGGUCUGACUAUUUAUCUGGCAGGCGGGCAAGGGCAGGUUGUAGGAGGCAGUGUUGUUGGAACUCUUUUGGCUUCUGGUCCGGUGGUGAUCAUGGCUGCCUCAUUUAGCAACGCCGCCUACGAGCGGCUUCCACUGGAGGAGGACGAGGGUUCGAUGCCAAUGCCGGGAGGGACUAUGGGGUCUCCAACCGCAGUUGGUCAACAGCAGCAACAACAACUUUUGGCCGAAGCUGCUAAUACAAAUGGGCCUCUCUUCCAUGGCUUACCUCCCAAUCUCCUAAAUUCCAUGCAAUUGCCGGCUGAAGCGGCGUAUUGGGCUACAGGUCGCCCUCCAUUCUAACGAUAUUGAUAUCCUUGGAGAAAAACAAGACAAUUAAGAAGAAGCCUUUUCCAGUUCAAGAUGAACAUUCAGUACUACUCCUCGAUCCUCAUCACACCUGCACCUUACCAAGAUGCCACAAGACUAUGUAGCUAGGUAGUAGCUAUGUAGGAGUUAGCAGAGUUUGGGUUCGAGCAUUUUCAGGUUUUUAAUGUGUUUCCUUCUCUUUGUUUUGAGUUUGGUUUAGCUAGCAUUCGAUCGAUGAUUUAGGUACGUACCAUUUAUAUGUUUUACACUUUUGAUUGAAGAUGACUGUAUAUUCAUGGAUUAUUUUUCUUGGUGAGAGUUUCGUUUCGUGUGUGUAUUAUUAUGUAAAAGGACAGUAGCCAAGAAGAAGGAUCAUGACACAAUCUCAUCAACCCUUUCUUCCCUAUCCAUGAAUAAGAAAAAGCUGAUCAAGCCCUUGUUCUUCUACUUUUUUGUACUUAUUUUGUAUCAAAAUUAAGGAUUGAGUUGAUCAUGUCU